UCUGAAGCUCUGAUACCACUUAUUGUAUCAAACCUUAAUCACACGAACUCGUAUCACGUCGAGAUUGAUCACACAGAUAUAAUAAGACCUCAAUUCUUAUUGCUUUAGCACUCACUCAAAUCUAAAGCUCACAACACAUUAAGUUAUACCACAUGUUGGUAUCUCCUUAUAUAAGACUCUAAUUAUCCUAAACUCAUUAGGACUAACACAAAUAUAUUUCCUAAUCCUUAUAGAUAGACAUAACCUAUUAGGAUUAGGUAGCUUGUAUCAUAAGCUACUUCAAGCUUAUCUCAACAAGUUAGUGAGUUAGCUAUUCAGGACUGUGAGCAAAUUAUGAGGUCUGAGUUCUCAGCACUUCAGAGCCAGUUGGUGCUUCUCCAAUGAAGAUCUGGAGAACACAGUUGUAGAUGAGAGUCAAAGACACACUGAAAAUGAAGGUCCCAAUGAUUUAAGAAAUGAGAAGUUCAGUGACUUUGUUCAGGUUUCAUCUCAGAAGGGACUGCCACUGAAUCUGAUGAUGAGAAUGAACGAGGUGAUGCAGAAACGGAUGAGGAAGACCACACUUUUUUGAUACACGUGACUUUCUUUCUUCAAGUUCUUUCAAGAGCAGUAGUUCUGGCUUUCGUACCUCUUCGUUUUCUUCUGAUGAUGAUGGCUUUGGGUCAGAAGAUGAUAUUGAUCCUUCCAUCAAGUCUGUUGGAUUCAACUAUCCGCGCGUCAAAAGGAGGAAGAGUUUACCUGAUCCUGUUGAAAAAGAGAAAAGUGUUAGCCUUUGGUCAAUGAUCAAAGACAAUAUAGGCAAAGAUCUCACAAAAGUUUGUCUACCUGUUUACUUCAACGAGCCACUAUCUUCCCUACAGGAGUGUUUUGAGGAUUUGGAAUAUUCAUACCUUCUUGAUCGAACAUUUGAAUGGGGCAAAAGGGGAAAUACCCUCAUGAGGAUUCUUAAUGUCGCUGCUUUUGCUGUAUCUGGGUAUGCAUCAACCGAAGGAAGAAUCUGCAAACCUUUUAACCCAGUGCUAGGUGAAACAUACGAGGCAGAUUAUCCAGACAAAGGACUUCGAUUUUUCUCCGAAAAGGUCAGUCAUCAUCCUAUGGUUGUGGCAUGCCAUUGCGAUGGUACGGGAUGGAAAUUCUGGGCAGACAGCAAUCUGAAGAGUAAGUUUUGGGGUCGGUGGAUUCAGCUUGAUCCUGUUGGUGUGUUGACUCUGCAAUUUGAUGAUGGAAAAAUCCUUCAGUGGAGUAAGGUGACUACAUCGAUAUACAAUCUCAUACUUGGUAAACUUUACUGUGAUCACUAUGGUACUAUGCGUAUUGAAGGAAGUGCUGAAUACUCUUGUAAACUUAAAUUCAAAGAGCAGUCGAUCAUUGACCGAAAUCCUCACCAGGUUCAUGGUAUAGUUCAAGACAAGAGUGGGAAAACAAUGGCAACGAUGUUUGGGAAAUGGGAGGAGAGCAUGCACUAUGUGAUGGGUGAUUGUUCUGGGAAGGGGAAAUUGAGCGAAGAUAUGUCAGGAGCUCAACUUCUCUGGAAAUGGAGAAAACCCCCUGGAAACGCAACAAAGUAUAAUCUAACACGUUUCGCAGUCACGCUGAACGAGCUAACACCUGGGAUGAAGGAGAAGCUGCCACCAACAGAUUCAAGGCUGAGACCAGACCAGAGGUAUCUGGAAAACAGUGAGUUUGAAAUGGCCAACACAGAGAAGUUGCGGCUGGAACAGCGACAACGUCAGGCUAGAAAGAUGCAGGAGAGAGGAUGGAAGCCGAGGUGGUUCACGAAAGAGAAAGGAAGCGAGGCUUACCGAUACAAAGGAGGGUACUGGGAAGCCCGCGAGAGAGGAUCAUGGGAUAACUGUCCAGAUAUCUUCGGCCACAUCGAUUCCGAUCAACAAAUUGAGCUGUGAUAUGUAUUUAAGGGUGGAAAAAGGUGAAAAAAUAGGUGGAAUAUGAAGGAAAAGAAAAAGCAAAAUUCAGAGUAAGAGUUUUCUUCUGGCAAAUGUAAGAGGAAUAAAUUACCCUACGUUUACUCUCUUUUGGCUUUCUCUCUUUUGGCGUAAAUAGGAGAAAAACAAGUUUUAUCUGAUUGGACAAAAAGUGGAAUAACUGAGCUAAAGUACCUUUUACUCUGUUUAUUUAUCCUCUAUUGUGAUUAUCAAUCACACUCAUAGUUUUGGU